AAUCGGAGCUUUUUGAAAUCGCAGAAACUCGUCUUGUUGUUAACAGAAAAUUGGUGGCGUAAAAUUUUGUUAUCUCGUCCUAUUAUGGCUCAGAAUAUCAACCCGACUUACGCUUCAUCGUCAAAUCCCGCCAAACAAAACGAGGACACGAUAAAACUGCAGGACAAUCAUGCAGUCAGCAAAAGAUUGCAAAAAGAGUUGAUGGAGCUAAUGCGGUGUGCUGAUAAAGGUAUAUCCGCGUUCCCCGAGAGCGACAAUCUUUUCAAAUGGAUAGGGACCAUCAACGGACCUCAAGACACUGUGUACGCGGGACACAAAUACAAAUUAUCGCUGGAGUUCCCUAAUUCGUACCCUUAUGCGCCACCCGUCGUGAAAUUCAUUACUCCGUGCUACCAUCCAAAUGUAGAUACAAGUGGUUUAAUAUGUUUGGACAUUUUGAAGGACAAGUGGACAGCUCUGUAUGACGUACGCACGGUGUUGUUGUCUAUCCAGAGCCUCCUUGCGGAGCCUAACACGCAAAGUCCACUAAACCAGCAAGCGUCAUAUCUGUGGCCGAACCAAGCUGCUUAUAAAAAGUACUUAGACGAAUUUUAUAAUAAACACAAAGAUUCAUAGUGUGUAGUUGUAGUGUCGUAUUAUGUUUUGAUUUGCGUUGUAUUUUGUGUUGUGAAUGUUUGAAUCAUGUUUGCAAAGGACGGGAGGUCAAUCGUAACUUAUUUUUCGCAGUUUUCUUUUAUCAAGUCUAAUUUCUCAUAUAGCAGUACUCACAACACAAUAUGCAAAUGUGCCUCAUAUUUUGAAAUCUUAAUUUACAUAAAAUAAUACCUGUGACAACAACAGAUUCACAAUGUACCCACCGAAAUGUAAGAAAUAAGUACCUAAUCAUGAAAUAACUAUUAUAUACCAUUCAUUUGCCCUGUGCAGUAACUGUUAUUGUAUUGUAUAUUCUCUUCCCUUCUAACUGACCUUGGUACAAAAAGGAUUUCUAAUGUAACUAAAUUACAACCAAAGCAAAAUAUGUCAUUUUUGAAGUCAGUUUCAAAACAAACAAUCUCAGGCUUUAACAACAUCCAUUAAGAUCUCCACUUAGUCAAAUUGAACUUUAAUUUAAAUUAGUACAAUAUUGUUUAGCAUGUUGCCUCCCCCAGGUGCGUGGGCCACUGUGAACGAGAUCACUGACAAUUAUAAUUCUUUAGUGCAAUUCAAAA